CAUGCCCUCUCUAUGACGGUUACUUGUUAAGCUAACUCUGCAUGCCAGAAGACUGUCCUUGGUUGAUCCAAGGGCUUUUGGGGACUCCGGCCUCUCCCCAGUUUUUCUGUGUGUGUGUGUUCCUCUAGAACUUUCAAAACUGUUUCUCCAAAGGGUUUUGCAGAAACUUAGACUGUUUUCUAAAGCAGAAGCACCUCAGUCCACAGCAGUAGUGAUGGGCAGCGUGCGAACCAACCGCUACAGCAUCGUGUCUUCGGAAGAGGACGGCAUGAAGCUGGCGACCAUGGCCGUUGCCAACGGCUUUGGGAAUGGAAAGAGUAAGGUACAUACCAGACAGCAAUGCAGGAGCCGCUUUGUCAAGAAGGACGGCCACUGCAAUGUCCAGUUUAUUAACGUGGGUGAGAAGGGACAGCGAUACCUGGCAGACAUCUUCACCACUUGCGUGGACAUCCGCUGGAGGUGGAUGCUAGUUAUCUUCUGCCUGACUUUCAUCCUCUCCUGGCUUUUUUUUGGCUGUGUGUUUUGGUUGAUUGCGCUGUUGCAUGGGGAUCUGGAGAAUCAAGAAAAUAGCAAACCUUGUGUCUCUCAAGUGAGCAGCUUCACCGCAGCCUUUCUGUUCUCCAUUGAGACCCAGACCACGAUCGGCUAUGGCUUCAGGUGUGUCACAGAUGAGUGCCCCAUCGCAGUUUUCAUGGUGGUUUUCCAGUCUAUAGUAGGCUGCAUCAUUGAUGCUUUCAUCAUUGGUGCUGUCAUGGCAAAGAUGGCUAAGCCAAAAAAGAGGAAUGAAACGCUGGUCUUCAGCCACAAUGCCGUGGUGGCCAUGAGAGACGGAAAACUGUGCCUGAUGUGGCGUGUUGGAAACCUGAGGAAAAGCCACUUGGUGGAGGCACAUGUGCGAGCACAGCUCCUCAAAUCCAGGAUCACGUCGGAAGGGGAGUACAUCCCCUUGGAUCAAAUAGACAUCAAUGUAGGGUUUGACAGCGGGAUAGACCGCAUAUUCCUGGUCUCCCCAAUUACGAUAGUCCAUGAAAUAGAUGAAGACAGUCCUUUGUAUGACUUGAGCAAACAAGACAUGGACAAUGCUGACUUUGAAAUUGUAGUAAUAUUGGAGGGCAUGGUGGAAGCCACCGCCAUGACUACCCAGUGCCGUAGCUCCUAUCUGGCAAACGAAAUCCUCUGGGGCCACCGCUACGAGCCCGUACUCUUUGAAGAGAAAAACUACUACAAAGUGGACUACUCGAGGUUCCACAAAACAUACGAAGUGCCCAACACACCCAUCUGUAGUGCCAGAGACUUAGCAGAAAAGAAAUACAUUCUCUCUAACGCAAACUCCUUUUGCUACGAGAACGAAGUGGCCCUCACCAGCAAAGAGGAGGACGAGAUUGACACUGGGGUGCCUGAGAGCAUGAGCACAGACACCCACCCGGACAUGGACCACCACAACCAAGCAGGGGUGCCUCUAGAGCCACGGCCGCUACGGCGGGAGUCGGAAAUAUGACUGACAAACUCUUCCUCUCCCUUUUGGUUGGAAGGAAAGAAAAAUCCACCUAUCGGUCAAAGGCACGUUGACCUGAGAAGUUGGCCCAGAACAGUUUUCAGACAACGGUA